AUGUGGAUCCACGCUCGCUGGCGUUACCGGCAUCUGCUGGAAUACAUCCUAGUUCGGAAGUGUGACCAGCGUGAUGUGCUCGUGACUAAGGCAAUGUGCAGCAUUGGCUCCUGGACGAAUCCCCUUAUUGACAUCUUCAAGGGGAAGCUUCAACCGCAGGGUAAAUUUACGUCAUGAAGUUUGAAUACUGUGUUAAUUUAUCUGACUUAACGCCAUUGGGACAUCAGUAACUGUAUGAACGUCGAACGGGGGGAAAUGUAAACACUGGAGGCUCAUAAAGUCCCAGUGACAUACGCCAUACAGGCCACCGCACUGGCAAUGUUUGGCUCCGCACGCUGUCUCCACCAGGACAGGUUUGAUGACAAUCUGCUUUAGCAGAAGAUGACUGAACAAGCCCGUGUGCUGAGAGCGACACGCGAUGCAGCACUGGGGAACAAAUUCCACAAACUGCCUGAUCCGACGUCAUCCUGAGGCGGCACACUGCUACACAGCCUAUCGUCAAAGGAACUGACAAAGGAGCAAGUACAGAUUUUACGGCACGAAGCCUCAUUCAACACAGCUGACGCCAAACCUGUCAACAUUAUUGCAGCUGUGGGAUCGGUCAUUAAUCAGACGGAAGCGGCGGAGGAGACAAAGAACCUAAUUCGACACCAAGUGUCGUCCCGCCUUAUGACCCACAAACCGCGGGAAAUAUUCCCAAAGGUCGAACGCGAUGCACUAAGAGAACUCAAGGCCGACAUGGACAUCGUCAUUGUGCCCGCGGAUAACGGCCGUUCCACCGUCGUACUGGGCAAAACAGACUACCUUCAGAAGGCCAAAGACCUACUGGAGGAUUGCCAGUUUUAUGUCCCAUGUGAAACCAACCCCGUAAAGACGCUGACACGCGAAAUUAAAGCGACACUGUUGGCACUAGAGAACUCGGGUGCAAUGACAUCGACCGACCGACGCAUGCGAGAGCCCAAGAAACGGCCCUGGCCCGAUUCUAUGGUCUCCCCAAGGUGCACAAGGAGGACGCUCCUCUCCGGCUCAUUGUAUCGCUCAAAGGCACUUCAACGUACGGACUAGCGAAAUGACUGUUUCGGCGCCUCAAAUUUCUGACCGCUGAUUCGGACACUACCGUCUGUUCGUCAACAUAAAUCCCGGAGAAGCUUAAUGGAGUAAGUCUCUUGCCAAAUGAGGUCAUGGUAUCUUUUGAUGUCACGCCCCUCUUUACUUCUAUCCCACAGGAUCUGUCAAUCGAGGCCGUCGAGCUACUACUACGGAACAAAUACAAUGGAACGGAGAAUCGUCUCGGACAUGCCCAAAUCCUUCGGCUCCUAAAGUUCUGUCUCAGGACGUACUUCACGUUGGACGGACCAAUCUACGAGCAGGUGAAUGGAACACCACUGGGCUCGCCGAUCUCGGGAUUCAUCGUCGAGGCGGUCCUACAGCUAUUGGAGUCGCUGGUCGUCCAACACCACAGACCGAAAUUCCGGACUCGGUAUGUGGACGAUACCUUCGUCGUCAUCGAACGGGAUCAAGUGCAAACGUUCAAAGAACGUCUCAACAGCCUCUUCCCGGACAUACAAUUUACGAUGGAGGAGUAA